GGCUUACGUGAGUUACGUCACCGAUUUAUUCCGCGCAGUUUGCGCGGGGUCUACUAGUGAGUAUAAUGAAUACUCGCCAGUCAGUUGCACUUACGGCUGUUUACUUCAGUGACGUGACUUUGUUGUGUUCAACAGCUUAUUAGCCAGUAAUAAGUUUUUGCAGUUUACGCCUUACGGUUAGUAGUUUACUAAAAAUUUUUCGGUUUCGAUAAAUUUAGUUCUUUUAUCUAAUGUGCGGGAAUUCCUAACAGAAUUCUGCUUUGAAUUUUGAACACAUUCAAUAAUGUUUUAGCUGUUGGCUGUUAAUAGUGUUUGAGUUCUCCUAUGCAGCUGAGCGUUUACCUGCAGAUCAGCAGAUGUGAUCGAUUGCGUAUACAUACUAUCAGUAUCCACUCCAGUUUCCAGUCGAGUUCUGCAGUGCUUGAGUUUGUUGGUUUACUUUUGGCGAUGUUCGCGAAUCGCGCAGUUCUGGUUUUCGAGAACUAUCUAUAGCCGUGUUUAUCUCUUUAAACGUAAGUUUGUUCGGGAAGAUUCAUCAUGGAUCCGGUCCCUCCAUCUGUCGCGCUGGAUGUGGAAUCCACUGGCACUGCGCAGAUGUUACGGGGAAAUCCCGUGCAUGAUCCAGUGGCGAGUGGCAGUCAUUCCGUCGCCUUCGAAGUGAAGAACGGUGCUAACAUGGUAGACACAUCCGUGCUCGAGAGAGCGUGUUGGGUGUGCUUCGCGGGUGAGGAAGAAGAGCCCAAUAUGCGCUGGCUGCGUCCGUGUCGUUGUCGGGGAUCCACGAAGUGGGUGCACUAUUCGUGUCUGCAGCGAUGGAUUGACGCUCAGCAGAAAGGGAUCGUCACCAUUCCAGUCGCGUGUCCACAGUGUGGCGCCUUCUAUCUGGUCAAAUUCGGAGACGUAGGUAUUGUACAUAAAGUUCUGGAUCGUGUGGAGCGAUAUAUCAAUAAAGCGUGCCCAUAUUUUGCGGGAUUAUGCCUGGUUGGAGCCACAUACUGGACAGCUGUUUCUUACGGAGCUUUAACUGUCAUGCAGGUGUUGGGACACCGCGAAGGUCUGCAGUUAAUGGAGCGGUCAGAUCCGAUGCUCCUACUACUUACCCUCCCCAGUAUUCCGGCCUGCUUAAUCUGGGGUAAGAUGCUGCGCUGGGAGGAUUACAUUGCGCGCAACUGGCGCUGGAUCAUGCACUCCAUCUGUCCGUUCGUCUUUGACCGUCCCGAGCAGAAUCUGGCCUAUGCCGAACAGCAAAGCUCCCCGUCGCGGAUAUUGUGCGGCGCCCUGGUCUUUCCCACCAUUGCCACAUUAAUCGGUCGCUUUCUACUGGGCCAGCGUGUCAAAUCCAAUUUGGAGCGCACUGUACUUGGCGGCAGUGUAUUCAUUGCCAUCAAAGGUAUACUGCGCAUUUAUUACAAGCUCAAGCAUAAUGAGCAGUAUCAUAAACGGCAAAUUAUGGAUGCCCCUGAAACGCGAGAUGCUGAUACUCAGGCUGAUACCGGAGAAGACCACUAUUAACAGUAUGCUCGCCAUCACAAAGACAUCCUUGAGAAUUAUGACUCUUGUUGUGAAGGUGCUGGACAGUGUGUCAUACUAUCAUGCGGUAGCGCUUCGCUACGUAUGUUUGUAUGCAGUCACUUCCGGGAUUUCGUUCCCCCCUGUGAUCGGUGUGGUUUUCAGUUGGUGUACAGAACAGCAUUCAUUAGCAUAGCGGAUUGUUUUUCUUUUUUUGGCGCAGCGGUGUUAAUUUGUCUGUCAGGUGGUGAUGUAAUUGUACUCUGUUUACUGCGGGCAAAAAUGGCCUGUAGGUGUACGGGUAUAACGAUGAAGAGCGCGGUUAUGAAAUGGAGUGAAUAGUGGAGCGCCAAA